CGGUGCGUGCGUGCGCGUCCUCUUCCUUCGGCGGCGAGCCUGAUGCUAUGCUGCUAGGCUGCGGCUCGCUCUCCUCGUGGGUGCGCCGCCUCGUCGCCUGCGUGGGAGCAGAAAUUGUUUUGGAUGUGCGAAGUCUACUCCUAUAACAGCUGUUGAUGAGCCCUCGAAAGGUCUAAGAAUUCAAGGGCGCUCGAUAAAACGUCGUAGUUUGUCUGAAGAUUUCUGGAGCACAAGUCCACGCGAAAUGGAGAACAGUGCCUUGCAGUCACAACGUAGUAUGUCUUCCAUCAGCACAGCAGCACAAUCUAGUGACCAGCAUGGAGCUGGAAGUAGCAGCAACCCAAAUGAGUUUGUAAAUCAAGGUCUUCUACUAUGGAACCAGACUAGACAGCAGUGGGUCGGAAACAGGCGGGUUAAUAAUUCUCAGCGUCAACAGACUCGGGAACCAAAAAUAGGUUGGAAUGCUACAUAUGAGAGCCUGCUAGGAAGCACCAAGAUAUUCGCACAGCCGAUCCCUCUUGGCGAAAUGGUAGAUUUCCUCGUGGAUGGCUGGGAGCAGGAGGGCCUCUAUGAUUAGUUGCUUGGUUAAAAAGGGUGUCUUGUUGUUUGAGUUCUCGUUGUUAAUCCCUGGAAUGUUGUUUUAUCAAAGCGUGUGGGUGAUGAUUGUGUAUUGUCCUCGUGGCAGGAUGGCAUCCCUCAUAAGUAAAUGUAACAUAUAUUUGUCCUACAAACUGUGUUCAUUUAUGUUAAACAUUGUUGCCUCC